UUGGUUAAUCGGAUAUAUUGAACGCAUCUGAUUGGUUAAUCGGAUAUAUCGAAUGCAUCUGAUUGGUUAAUGGCCCCUUAAUGGUAGAGGUAGCGGUAGUGGAAGUCAAAUUUGAACCUUUAUUAUAAGCAGGAAGGCAACGCGUGACGAUAAGAUGAGAAAAUCUUCAAGUGAUUGCAAGUGAUUUUGUCGUUUGUUAUUUAUAGUUAAUCAGAGAUGGGAAGAACAGUCGACAACAUCAAACGGAUCGUUUGGCGAGCUUUCACAGGAGAGUAUGAGGUUAUAAUGCACACAAUAUGUUUAUGAAAUGAAAUUUUGCCCCUAUUUUUUAUUGCAUCACUGGAAAGUAUGUUCAAAAUAGUGAUGAAUGGCUUUUCCAGUUUAUUCAUAUCUCAUUUCAUUCCCAAGUUAUCGGGCAUUUUGUAUGAUGCUUUGUUGAAAUACCUUUGCUUCCAUCUCAAGCACAACCAGUGUAGUCUUCACUCAAAAUCUCGAAAAGGCCCUGUCCACAUGAUACAAGGAUUUGUUUCAUCCGCAACAAAGUGUUCAGACCAAUGUUAUAUUAAUAGCAUAUUCAAACCAAAUUGUCCUGUUUGCUGGACCAUUGAGGAGUGUUUUUUUUCUCCAGAUUUCCAUCAAGUAUCGAUAGUACUCGUUAUGUUCGAGGAAAAUUGGCCACAAAUGAUAAACCAAUGACAUUCAAUCAACCUUGGACAGUGGAAGAACAGGUUCGCUUUCAUUUUAAAACAUUGAAUGCCUUUUAGAGAGUGGCGAAGGGGGGUGGGGAUAAACGUUAAUUCUCGAAGCUAAAACUCACUAAGUCUCGACCUAGGACAACGACGAUUUCCUGGAGUAGCUUGAUGUGUAAAAUCGCGUUAAAGCGUUUGUAUAUAUGGUUCCAAGAAGAAUGUAUUUGCUUUAGAUUUUCAACUCCUCACAAAGCUAGAUUCCCCACAACUCGGCAGUACAUUGCGUUGCAAGUUGCAUGAAUCAAGUAUCUUUUAUCUACUUGUCGUUUCAGAGAAAGUUAGAACGACUUCUUCAAGUAUUUCCCCAGGAACCUGUGGAAGCCAAACGUUGGUCUAAGAUUGCAAACGCACUCGGAAACAGAACACCCAAACAGGUACGUGCAUACCAUAUUCAAACAUUUUCUGGUCACAUAUCUGGAUUUGUCGCCAUGCAACGAAGUAGUGAAUAUAUCAUUGACAAGAAGGAGUAUAUUAAUCGUGAUUUGAAAAUUGAUGUAACGGAAAAGAUGGCUCCACCCUAUUAAUUUAAGGGAGUCAAUUUAACUCCCAGUAGAGAUAUUUUGAACCAAUUCAAAGUUAGCUCCAGAUGUGGAGUAAAAUUCGGUUCAAACUUGCACUUAAUUAAUAACUUAAAUACAUGUAACUCCUGAAAUUACAGUGAAGCAUUAUUGUUCUUUGCUAUUGCGAAAUGCAUAGAAAACGUCAAACAAAGAAAUAUACUUUCGACUACUUUUGGAUAGCAAUACUUUGGAAGUAGUUCAGAUCGUUGAAGAAAUACAGUACCUUGUGUGUCAGUUUUGCAUGUUAGUUUUACUUUCCAUUUGUUUUUGUCAAAUAUUUUGUAGAGCUAUGCAAACUCAGGUUAUAAUAGCUCCGGCAGUCAAAACGAAAUUUCAUAUUUAAAAGUAGAAGCAGGCGAAAGUGUUUCAGUGUAAUUUCAGAAUUUAUUUUAUUCCUUUUUGAGCUUUCUUCUUUACUUAUCAAAUAUACGUGCUUCGAUGCUUGUAUAAACAAUGUUUUCUAGAAAGUAAAACCGCAUGGCAGCGUGAUAUUUUCGCCCAAAUUACUGUACAUCGGGGUCAGCGGAUUUUUGCAUCAAAAGUGAUAGCAAUGCGCUUGCAGAAUUUUCGAAGCCACGAAUCGGAUCGGAGCAAGUAAUUAAACUUUAUGUAAUGUUUAAUAAACGAGUAAGAGUGUUUUAUCACAAUAUAAAACACGACGCGUAGCGGAGUGUUUUAUAUGUGAUAAAACACGAACUACGAGUUUAUUAAACAGCUUCAAAAACGUCUCAGUUAGAUCACGGCAUUGGCGAAAUAAUUUUCCAAAAUAACUUUGUAUUAGCUGAGAAAAUCAAAGUUAAAGUUUAUGUAAAUGAAGGGAAAUCUUUAUCAACAUAUAAAGAUACGACACGCUUAUGAUUUUUCUUUGUGUUUUUCUCAUGAAUUAUUAAUGAGUUUUUGAAAGUAACUUCAAAUCAUUCAACUUAGUUUUUUCAUUACCAAAAGUUCAUUGAAAUAUGAAAUAAUUUUUCAUAAUUUUGUCUGCUGGAGUUUUCCAACUCAGGCUCCGGCUCUGGCAAAAUAUGCCGGAGACUCCGGCUGCGACGCACAGCUCUAGUAUUUUGUGAAAACUUUACUAACCAAAAAAUUGAAUGAACACGGCAUAAUUAUGAGUGUUUAUUACAGUAGUAUUAAGACAAUGAUAUGCACUGUAACGGAUUGGUUAAACUGUGGUUAAUUAACCAAUUUGAAUUGGUAAUUGUCUCAGAUGCAUUUUCUUUUGACCAAUAUUAUUUGGUCAAAACAAUCGAAAAAUUAGUUAAAAUAACCCAAUUUUUGGUUAUUUUAACCAUUGAAAUAUUGGUCAAAUAAGUGUACAUGAGACAACCAAUUCAAAAUGGUUAUUUUAACCAGUCUGUUUUCUACAGUGCACGACACAGAUUUCUUUUUGUGUUUUGUUUUGGUUUGGUUAUUAUUAAUGAUUUAAAUAUUUAGGUGGCUAGUCGUGUGCAGAAAUAUUUUAUCAAGUUAGCGAGGUCCGGUCUACCUAUACCAGGACGUGAACCUAACCUAACUCGUGUUUUACCCAAGGCAAGUGAAGUACUAUUUAAAACAUGAGUAGGAGUGUUUUAUUAGAUAUAAUAUCAGAAUUUAUCAGAAUUGCUUCAAAAACGGUCGAUCUAGUAAGUUCAUUGGCGAAGUAAUUUUCAAAACAUAUAUAUGUUGUGCAAGUCGAGAAAAUCAAAGUUAAAAUUUAUGUAAAUCAAGGGAAAUCUCUAUCACAUAUAAAGAUACGACACGCUUAUGAUUUUUCUUUGUGCUUUCCUCAUGAAUUAUUAAUGAGUUUUUGAAGGUACUAUGAAGUCACAUGCAGAAGCAGUAUGAGUGCUGUCGAAUCUCCUGUAAACGGACUACCUCAGGACUGAGUCAUGAUUGUGUCCGCUUACAGGGGGGAACAAGUCCUGGUGUCCGCCAGGGAUUAUUUUAAAGAAAUUGUAUUACUGCACAAAAAAACAUAAGAUAGCAGCAUGCAUGUCACACAGCGAAGGAGCGCUGAGAACAGCUUUCUAGAUACUACGUUAUUCCGUGCUGUACCGGGAAAUCCAAAACAAGAAAAUUUACGAAUUUGUAAAUGGAAACCUAUGAAAAGGGAACCAACUAGGUGAUGAGAAAUUGCAAAAGACACAACUUUUCGUGGGACCUGCAUGGGGGUCCUUAUAUAUACAGAACAUUUUCGUACUUAGGUUGAUUUCUUACAUUUUCAGACACAAUUUUUGAUACAUUCCAUCUUGAAAGAUUGAAUAUUGGGCCAUAUAAAAUUCGAUAUAAAAUUUGAAAACAUUAAGUGAAAACCAGAAUAACUUAUUGUCUUCCUUGUGCUUAUCGUGCUUUUAAACAAUUUAAACAUAAUUUGUGAUGAAUUAUGCACUCCUUUCGCGAAUUAAUAUCACCUAUAGUUAAAUAUUAAAUAAAAUCAGUAGUGCACAAAAUCCCAUUUAUCACUGCACAAAUCCCAUUUAUCACUGUACAAAUCCCAUUUAUCACUGCAUCUUAAAAUAUUUCCUGGUGUCCGAUUAUGAGAGUUCAUUAAUAUUUGAUAAUUAUUGUAAUGCUAUAUCCUAAUUGUAGACUAAAAAUUUGUUACCAAAAUAAAAAAAAUACAGUAUGUUUGCCUUCGUUCAUCCCCUCAUCACAGUAGUCCGUAUAAACUACACCAAACUGGGGUCGAUUGUUAGAGAGGGAAUGUUUAUUAGAUAAGGAAAAUUUAUUAGAGAGGUAACUGCGCCACUAACACUACAACUGGUAGUAAGGGUGGAUUUGAUAAAGAAAUUGGCACCCUACUUGUACCCCAUUUUUUGGCAAGGUUAGGAGUGCUGCACACCUCUACACGUUACCCACAGUAACUCCAUCCCUGCUUGCUGUAAAAGUUUCUUUUUCUUUAUGUAUUCAGCAAGUGCCACGAGUUCGCAGUACUCAGCAGCAAGCUGUGAAUUUUCGGAACUCGACAUUCUUUCCUUCGUAUAAACCACGUGUGUAUAUGGAAGACAACGAUGAUGUAAACAGUUUGGCCUCGUCAGAUGAUCUCGCGGACAUCUCGGUAGGUAGCCUCGCAUACCACUUUCACAAAUGGCUGACAAUUUAGAUUUCUUUUAUGUGCCAACUGGUUGCAGGUUAUCAUGUUAACAUUUCAAAAGAGCUUUAAUUCUCAAACGAGGCUUGUGCUAUUAUAUUUUAAAUGCCAGGAUUAUUGGGGAGGAUGGCCGACCAUGUGUGUACCAGGCAAUAUUCGAAAUAUUGCGUCGUUUCACCUGGAAAGCCCGAUACAAUUUUUGAAUCCUCGUUCCCGCCGUUGCCUGGGACUGACGUAACACGUAAAAACGCACAAGUUGUUACAGAUUUGCUCACAAGCUGUCGGCAAGUUGUGUUCGCACUGCUUGUUCCCAGUUGUUGUACAGUAACAAGUUCGGAAAAAGCUGUUGACAACUUGUAACGAACUUGAUGGCAUUAUCAGACUUGUUACAAGGUUGUUCUAACAAGUUUGAUACAGUCAUGAUAUAACAAGAAUGUUACAAGGUUGACGACACGAGGUUGUAACAAUAUUGUUAUAUCAUGACUGUAUCGGACUUGUUGGAACAACCUUGCAACAAGUCUGUUAAUAUUGACCAAGGUUGUUACAACUGUUCCAUACUUGUUGUUCCAUACUUGUUGACAACUUGGGGCAAGCAGUGCGAACACAACUUGUUGACAGCUUGUUGGCAGACUUGCUACAAGAUGUGAGAUUUUUACGUGUGUAUGCUACUGCUAGCCAAGUAACGUGGCUAUCCAGAUUUCAAUCUAGGCACGCUAGUAUUCCUUAGGCGAGUUUAACAAAACAUUAGCAUCCUACACACAUAAAAACGUACAACUUGUAAUAAACCUGCAGCAGACUUGUACCAGUGCUGUUUCAACAACUUGUUAUCAGGGUUGCCUGCAUGAUCGCAACUUGUUGACAAAUUGUGAGCAAAAAUUCAUGUUGACUUCAACAAACUUGCUAUGAGUUGUUCCAUCUUGUAUGACAACCUUGUAUCAAAUGACAACACUAUUACAAUUUGUUGACACUUUGUGGAUUUGUACUUUGUUCGAAGAGGCUUGGAUGGUGUAAACUAGCAUUUAGUUAUUUGUAUAUCUGUCGUGAAAAACAUCUUCAAUCGUAUGAUACUGUAAAUAUUUUUUUGCUUUUAUAUCAAUUUGUCAGGAUGAUGAAACCAUUCCCAAAGAACUACGAAAUACUAAAGAAUAUUGGGAAAUAUUACAACUGAAACGGCUGAAAAGAAAACGAGCUGAACAACAACACAUGGUGAGCUUUUCAAUCAUUUUUGAAGUGGCACUCGCGUCAAAAUUUUUAUUUUCUUAAACGAAAAUACUCUUAAAACUGUAUAGUAACUUUGUUUUGAAUAUUUUUGUUCCCAUGCUUAGUUCUUGAGAUAUUUUAUUUUGUUUGUAACCAUUUGACGUCAAUGACUCAAUUACAUAUAUAAUGAGAUAUCAGUAAUUGUUGUGUACAUUUGCUAUUUUUUAUCAAAUCUUUUCAAAGAUGUGGCCCGUUUGUUAAUUUAACCUACAGUACAUCAUUAAGCAUACUGUUUUUUUUAAACAAAUCCAUCAAAAAUAGCAUAUAUAUAUAUAUAUAUAUAUAUAUAUAUAUAUAUAUAUAUAUAUAUAUAUAUAUAUAUAUAUAUAUAUAUAUAUAUAUAUAUAUAAUAAUUUAAUAAUUUAAUAUUUUAAUACAAUUUUUCAAUUGAAUAAGUUGCUACUUUAAGUUUCAUGCAACAAGCAAUCAUCAGGCAACAUAUUAAUACGGUUAAGUUGUUAUAUAUAUAUAUAUAUAUAUAUAUAUAUAUAUAUAUAUAUAUAUAUAUAUAUAUAUAUAUAUAUAUAUACUGAAGAUUCCACCCAUUUCAUGUAAUUGAGUCAUUGACGUCACAUGGUUACAAACAAAAUGAAAUAUCUCAAGAACUAACUACUAAGCAUGGGGAUAAAAAUCUUCAAAACAAGUUACUAUACAGUUUUAAGAGCAUUUUCGUUUAAGAAAAUAAAAAUUUUGACGCGAGUGCCACUUUAAAUGUGUAAUUAUAUAUGCGCGAAAUACCUAAAAUUUUAACAAUCUUCGAUCCCCCCGCCCAUAUUCAAUGUUGAGUUACAUGAGAUCGGAGCGAAGUCAAACCGGGCCCAUCUCGUUUCGGUCAUAGUAUUAUUUAUAAUAGAUGUUUACAUGAGACCGGGACGAAAAUAACUGAGACCCGUCUCAAGUCAUUCCGUUUGCUGGACCGAGCCGAAUGACUUCAGACUGGCAUGAUUUCAGACCGGGAUGAAUGUAAACAGAAAUACAUUUCAGACCGGUCUCGGCUGUAACCUUGACAUUGGAACAACACAUGCUAACAAAAGUCAUCUAAAAAUUGAAAAUCCUUUCUUCUAAGCCAAAAUAUUUCUUCGAAUGACAUUCCCAGGAUCCACCACUAUUUCCAGGUACUCUCAGAAACGAGGCUGCAUGGAUAUUAUCUAGGCUCGAUUACCAACCGGCAUUCGGGAUAUUACCAAACGACUUUCAUUAAAAUUUUAACCAGCUCGAAAUUGAUUUGGCGGUCAAACGCGAGCGAUCAGGGCUUAAGAUGUUUUUGUUUUUCUCUGUUUUCAGUUAAGCAAAGUGGAACAUGUUGGAUAUGUGGUACGUACAGUAUAUGUGCAUGGGUAAAUAUUCAAGAUUUUUGGCGAUACCGCUUGAUAGAACUAAUUGUUAAAGGUUUCUUUAAGGAAUUUUCGAACUAAAAUGAUAUACAUACACUCCAAAAGCUCUACUAAAGCUCUUAAAAUAAAUGAGGAGAAAGUACCGCCUUUACAAUGACAUCAGUAAAUGGUUAGGCUAAAUCGUAUGGUACCUCGGAUCCCCUAUCAAUUGAUCAAUAGCUUGUUGGGAAAUCCACUCACGGAUGAGUGAGAAACUCAUUAAACUAAAAUCUUACUUCCUGAUCAUAGUCUGGUUAAUAUAACCAGGAAUCUGGUUAUAUUUGACCCAGAAGGUCCUUGUUAGAAUGAACGGACUAUGUGGUACUUGCAUGGUUGAAAACAAAGAAGCACCAGACCGUAAGUACACGAUUUAUCCCACCCUGCUUAUAAGGUAUAUGGGUAUAUGCAGUUUUACUGCCAAAUGCUUACAGUAUAUAAACGCUCGAUCUGAUUGAAUAUUUCAAUUGAAAGGCUUUCAUACAUCCCUGUAUGCAAUAGCUGUGUUGCAGAUUUUUGCACAGUUAUAGUUAUUAGUAUAGCCAUCGAAAAUUUAAUGUACAAAGAGAUGGAUUUUGACAUUUGAUCUAUGGCGGAACCAAAGUUAUGGCUAUUUAAAGUGAGUAGUCUUAAAACCAAUUAUAAUACUUAAAAACAGCUAUAGUACUGCAUGAUUUCAAUUGCACAUUGAGUGAACCUAUUUUGAUGAUCUUCGUGUCAAAAUUCAUCUCUUAGAUUCAAUUUUCGACACCCUGUAUAUAUUUUCAUUCCUCACCGACAACGGUCAUCCUCUUUCGAUGGAGAUUAUUUAUGUCGAUGAUUUUAUUCCGUUUUUAUAGUGUGAUUUGUGUGGAAUGAGUCCAAUCAUUGGCGUACGUUGGCAUUGUGUAGAAUGUCCUGGGGACAGAAGUACAGAUUUCUGCAGUGACUGUGUUAGUAUGUAAGUAUUGGCUGAUUCACACUAGCAGUAUUGUCGGGCAUUUUUAUUUUUUGAAUGGUAUAUCAACGUAUAGAGUCCAUAACUCUCCAGAAAAACGCCCCCCCCUAAAUAUUUCCUCAUGCAUCAAUUAUAAAUUUAAAAUUUUUUCAUAAUAGAGCGUUCGCACUCAUUCCCCAGGGACCAACUCAACAAAACCAAAUGAAUUCAAUUAGCCUUUCUCACGCCGCCAUUUUUGUGUGGCAUUUCAGCCGAAGUCUGCGAGAUAAGUCCACAUAACAGCGACUUUUUAUAAUUUUUUGGACAAAUGAUGGUAAAUUUGAUUUGUAAAUGGUUAGUUUAUUUUGAAAAAUUGCUUUUCACAUUGUUUUAAUUGUCUGCAUUGGUUAGCGAGAAUUGGAUGCCACCCAAAAAUGGCGGAUAUUCGUCAUCGUGAGAAAGGCUAAUUGGACACUCUGUCCAAUCCUGAUUUUGAGAUCAGUGGCGCUAACAGUUAUUCUCGAAUCUUCGUGCUCGCUGUUUAACAGCAGGCUACGUUCCUAUCCUGUACAGAUAAUAUGCGGGUGCAGGGAUGAAGGAGCAGAUUAGGAUUGUGUAUGCUUAAGAAGAGAAUAUUUUGUAUGUAUAGGUAAUAGCAUGGUUUCGAGUGCAAUUUGGAUAUAACAUCCACGAGUGAGUUUUUCAAAGACCUCAAAAUAGCACGAGUCCGAAGGACGAGUGCUAUUUGAGGUCUUUAAAAAACUCACGAGUGCAUGUUUAUCCAAAUUUCACGAGAAACCAUGCUAUUACUUAUUAAUAAUUUACAUAAAAAUGUUCGAUACAAUUGUAGUUUUAACUUACGCGUUUAUAGCGAACAUUCCACUGGCAAAGUUUUCCUGGCCAAAUUAUAUCACAUUAUACAACGCUAACAGCUUGAAAAUUCCACUCAACUAUGUAAUUUUUGUUAGUCUUGUUUAAGGUAAAUGCUUUUCCAUUUAAAAAUAAAGAUAAAAGCCAUAUUUUCCACGCGAAGGCAACUGUUACUUUGUGUAGCGAGGCGCCAUGUUUGUUUUUGUUUUCAAGCAAUCUGUGACCGUUACUUCUUUAAACUAAAUUGCUUUAAACUGAUUGGUUGAUUUAAUCAUCACAAUGUUUUUCCACCAAUCAGAUCAGUUUGUUACAGAUUUUUGCACUGUGAUUACAGAAAAUUGCACUGUGAUUACAAAAAAUUGCACUGUGAUUACAGAGAAUUGCACUGUGAUUACAGAAAAUUGCACUGCUGUUUGGGAUUAACUGCACCGAAAUCAACCAAUCACAGUCGAGUAAUAUCUUUAUGUAUAUUAUUAGAUACGUAACACUCGUUCAAAAGGAAUGGAUAUACUUUUCCAUUUGAUUAUCACUAUAUUCAUUUUGUCAAUACACGUUUCUCAAGCGGCAAACAAACUGAAGACGUUUGUAAAAUUAUGCUAAAAUGAAGAGAUUUUAGAUGGUACACCAAAGAGAAAAUGACUUCUGAAGUUCAGUAUACGUUUGGCUUAUAUUGUUGUAUAGAUAUGGCGUCAAUUUUACAGCAUCAAUGAUAAUUGUAUUUAAAAUGACAAUAUUUAACUAUAAUUAUUUUGAGUUUCUCAACCGCCAGUUAAUGUAAAAAGGUUGCUAAAUAAACUGAGGUUUAUUGUUUGUCCGACCCGAGUGUAUUGGUGUCCGACCGAACUAUAGCUUUGUCCGACGUAAAUCAAAAUGUUAAAUGGAAAAUCAGAAUACUAUUGUAUAAAAGGUGAACUGGAAAUGUUGUUUUAAUGUAGUCGAGCGCGGGGCGGCGAGCGAAAUGGUGAAGUGGAAAACGGGCUUAAGUUGUCGAAGUCUUUUUGAUACUGCUGUUCUGGAAAGCAUGAAAGAAACAAAUUAUCUUUACAACAUUUACCAUUUAUUCAUUUGUGUCAUUCAGACUUAUUUCCGAGUCAAAAACGAACUGAAGGUGAUCGGACAUAUGUCCGACCCAAACUCAACAUCCCGGAUAUUUUGUCAGACGGCCCUGGAAAAGAUAUUUUAAGGCCUGGUAUGAUCAACAGAGCUAGUGUUAGCUGCAGUCAAAAAUUCGUUUUCCCAAUUACGAUUAUAGCUGGCAAUUUUCUUUUUCAUUAUUUUUCUGUAUAGUGAAAAAGAUAAUGGUGUCCAUCGUAGUUCACAUAAAAUGGAGCCAAUUGAUUGGACAGAAAGUGACUUUGUUGACGGAGAUUAUGUAAAACUGGGGGAAACUUCCAAAGGAUACAAUUAUUUGGACCCAAAUUUUUUACCUGCGGCCACGUGACCUGUGAUGUGUGAAUUAUUCACUCUACCAUCAUUGACAAGGUUAGUUGGAAGUGUUAAUGUACGUA